GAUGGCCGAUGACAAGAAUCGGAUUGAAUAAAAAUCCAGCGCUAAUUUGCUGUAAAAACUGUAAAAAUAGUGAUAUGUAAAUAUAUAUGUUAUUCAUAAAUGUAAAUAUUAGCCCGUAACUGUACUGUGAUAUUGGUAAUGGCCGAUGCGGACGCGACGGAGCAGGAAAGGAAAGAGCUUCACAUAAUUCAAUCCAUGAUUGAUGUUUCUGCUCAACGCUUAGAGGGGCUCCGGACACAAUGUGCGACCAGCGCGGAACUGACCCAACAAGAGAUCCGAACCCUAGAGGGCAAACUCAUCAAACUCUUCUCGAACCAACUCGUCACCAAGCUAAAAGUACAUGACAAAGACGUCGAGCACAUCCCGUCGCUGCGCCAGUGGCUGCAGGUGGUCGGCCUCAACGCCGCCUCCAUCCAGAGCAUCUGCGACCGGAUCGCCACCAUCGAGGAGCUCCAGGAGAAGUCCGAGCACGAGCUGAGGAUGAUCCUCAACGAGCACGCGCCCCCCGAGGAGCUCAACCGGCUGUGCCGCGCCCUCCACAACCUGAAGCGCUACACAGAUGUCUUGAAGAAGGGGGAGAACGAAAACUCGGAUAUGAACCUGUACUGGGACUCGUGGGACCGCGGCGAGAAGCAGCAGACGAUGAAGACGCUGGCGGCGCCGGCGGCGCCCGUCGCGGCGCCGGUGCCGCCAGUCGGGGGGCUGUCGCCGCGGACGGGGCGCUCGCGGGCCGCCAGGGCCUCGGUCCCGUCCGAGGAGAGUUUAAGUGUGUUCAACAGUCGCGGAGGUGCGAUCCCUCCCUCCUCCUCUGUGUCUAGCAUCAAUUCUCUGAAUGCUCACUGUGUGCUUGGGCCUCCCCUUACUCCCCCGCCCCAAACCAGGGGGAAAGGAAUGAAGUUUCCGACGACGCCGCCGCCGCGACGCAAGCACCUCACCGGCAUCCAGAGUGCGGCUUUGUUGGCCGACUCUUUCCCCUUGACGAAGAGCAAGUCGCACGAGUCGCAGUUGGCCAAGGGCGACAACGGGGAGAUCGUCAAUUCCGAGAAGCCGUCGGGGAAGAGGUCGCGCUUGCCCACCGAGCCGGGUCCCGACACGGAUUCGCCGAGUCCGAUCCUGACUAGUCCGAUUAAGUCGCCCCCGUACAACGCAGGGACGGACAGCGACGACAAUAGCUACAAAUCCGCGACGAGUCUACAAGUGCCCAAGUCCCCCCGGACCCCUACUCCCGUAGUGAGGAACAUGACGCACCAGAUCAACCACAGGUUCACCAAGACGUUCAAGAUGAUGGCGACGUGCGGCUACUGCCAGAAGCAGAUUUAUUUCGGCACGGGGUUGAAGUGCAAGGAGUGCAAGUACACCUGUCACCGGGACUGCGAGGAGAGGGUGACGCCGUCGUGCGGCCUCCCGCCGGAGUUCCUCGACGAGUUCAAGAAAAAACUAUCUUGCGACGGCCAGUUCUUCUCGUCUCCAAUCAUGGGCAAAGCGAGCAACACGAAGAACAUCAUCAACUUCAACAGGAGGAAGAAGUCGCACCCGCAGCCCUCGAUCAACAUUCCGCAGUUUCCGCCCCCCGACUCCAGCUCGAACACGUCGAGUUGCAACAGCUCAACCCCUUCCAGUCCCGCCGUGCAGAGCAUACCGACACCCCACGCUAGUCAGAAACAACAACAGUUCCACUUUCCUGGUACGACGAGAUUGGUAGACGCUGUAACGAAUUUGUUGGCAGAUUUGUCGCAGAGCGAGCCGAACGACUUCACGGUCGAGACGCACCCGGUGAACGCGCACCACCACGACGUCGUGGUCGCACACCUCCCGGCGAACCGCACGCCAUCGGCUUCUGGGGCGAGCACAGACUCAGAGCGGACGCCGGUGCGGGUGGACUCGCAGGAGAGCCAGGUGUCGGACACGGAGACCGUCACCGACGGCCACCGCUGGCCGAGGCAGAACAGCAUGUCGAUGAGGGAAUGGGACAUCCCGUACGAGGAGCUGCGAAUGGGCGACGUCAUCGGCACGGGCCGCUUCGGCACCGUGUACCGCGGCUACUGGCACGGCGACGUCGCCGUCAAGGUGCUCAACAUGAGCCACCUCAACGACGAGAAGGCGCUCGAGCAAUUCAAAAGCGAGGUCUCGAUGUUCAGGAAGACGCGCCACGAAAACGUCAUUUUGUUCAUGGGGGCGUGCAUGCAGCCCCCGAAGCUGGCCAUCGUGACGAGCCUGAGCAAGGGGAUGACCCUAUACACGCACCUCCACCUGAGGAAGGACAAGUUCAACAUGAACAAAACGACCGUGGUGGCGCAGCAGAUCUCGCAGGGAAUGGGCUACUUGCACGCGCGCGGCAUCAUCCACAAAGAUUUGAAAAGCAAAAACAUUUUUUUAGAUAACGGGAAGGUCGUCAUUACGGACUUUGGGUUGUUCAGCGUGACCAAACUGUGUUUCGGGAAUCGCAAAAACGACAGUUUGUGGAUACCUCCCGGUUGGCUGUGCUACUUAUCACCUGAAAUUAUCCGAAAACUGCACGCUCAUCAAUUGCACGCUGAAGAGCUGCCUUUCAGCAAGUCGUCGGAUGUUUACGCUUUCGGGACCGUGUGGUACGAGUUGUUGUGCAGCGAGUGGCCUUUUAAAACGCAACCACCCGAGGCAAUAAUCUGGCAGGUGGGUAAGGGUAUGAAGCAGCCUUUAGCAAAUCUCCAAGCUUCUCGAGACGUUAAGGAUAUAUUGAUGCUGUGUUGGUCGUUUCGCGAGGAGGACCGGCCGGAUUUCGUUCGACUGGCGAACUUCUUCGACAAGUUGCCGAAGAAGCGGCUAGCGCGCAGUCCCUCUCACCCGAUUCACCUGUCUCGGUCGGCCGAAUCGGUGUUUUAAUGAGCGAAAAAAACCCCUCUAUGUGUGCAAUUUUGCCUUGAAGGUUUUGGCUAAGCAAAACCGUGUACAAAUGUAUGUGCGAUGGAAGAAUGUGCUUAUGAUCUAUUUUUUAAAUUAUUGAAGUCGUGACGAAGCGAAGAGUUGUUAUGAACGAGGAGCUCUCGGAGGUCAUAAUCGCCCACCGCGAGGUACGUGGGCGAUUCUGACCGGUUUUUUCCCAGUAUUGCAUUUUACUGUGAUCUUAAAGUAUAGUGUAACCGCAAUAUUUUAUUUUUGAGUUGUCGUGUUUCAGAGUAUUAUUUAAGCGGAGUUAACCAAAUCGAUCGAAAAGGAGUCUUUUUUUGUCAAAUGAACAGUGGUAGAAUAGUGCCUGUUUUUAUUUCCUGACGUUUGAGGUUAGGCGACGAGCCCAUCCUUUUUGUAUUUUGGCGUGCAGUUGGUAGUUGCGAUUUUUUUUUUUUUUCUUCCGACUGAGUGGUAACUGCACUUUCGACUGUCGUUAAAUUAUUUUUGCCAACAUUGUUGUAAAUAGUGUAUGUAAAUAUGGAAGUGUCGAGUCUCCACGACGGUGUACAUAUGUUGAAAUGCAUUCCCAAAAUGUUUCUGUCACUCUAGUCAAUUUACAAUGAUAUGUCCAGGGCGGGGCAAUAAUUGCUGGAACGGUUAUUUGUCGCUCCGAUCUUGAUCCCAUACUUAUACAUUCUGAUCUGCAGUCAAUGUACAUUAUUAAGGGAUUAGGGUAAAUAAACUAUUAUACAAAUACAAAA